AUGGCCCGUCAGCUUUUUACACAAACAAUCACCAAUAUACGCACAAGCUGCAUCCAGAGAAGAGUUCCCGUACCUCAGGAAUUCCUCGACCUGGUAAAGGAGGCUUUCCCCUUUCUAGAUCCUGAGCACCCUUGCAUACAGAUCGGACCUAUCCUCGACCAAGCAGCCACCUUGAGAUCGCGAGUCGCGGCGGGUACAGUUAACUUGAUAGAUGCUGCCUUGGAGGUAGAUCAGGGUGCAAUUGCCCUCUGUGAACUCAUCGAGCCUAAUAUGAAGUUUACGCCAAGGACUUCGGGAAUUUCCUCCAAAUGGGCGUACCUCACAAUGGAAUACAACUAUUUGACUCGUCGCCAUGCCAAAGUUUGGAAUACAAUACGAAUGAUCCGCAUGUUCAUGCACAUGACCAUUUGGGUACACUCCAAUCUCAUCCUUCAACACGCAUUUCAACCUGGCGAAACACCAUAUUGCAGCACUGUGCAUUCAUAUGAAGAGCUCUUAAAUUACCGCAACAUGGCAGCCAAGAACCUGCUUGAGCUUGAGACUGACCUCCUCCGCAGUGUGUCUUGUUUUCUGGAGCCACAGAGCCUCGGGGGCAAAUUCUGCGCCUCGGCAAGAUGCUUAAUUUGGCCUUUGACGGUACUCUCACAUUCAGAACUCAACAGUCCAUCCGCUAGGGAGUAUGCGAUUUCAUGCUUGUAUCAGAUAGGCGAAGAUUUGAAUAUGGAGCAGGCGAUCGCCGCGGCUAAGAUGACGCGGGAAAUGAAUAACCAUGAAGAUUGGUUGCAUCUCUACCACCUCUAA